AUGGACGAAACACAGAAUCUUCAGACUGGGAGUGGUGAGGAGCAUCAACCUCAGGAUGCUGUGCAGGCUCUUGGUGAGACAGCUCACCCAUCUGCCACAGAUUCAAACCGAGACGCAUCCGCUCAAAGUACAGAAGGCGUCUCAGAUAACCCACUAGAUGCCCCUGCAUCCCCGCGACCCCAGGAUAACGAAGCAGAACCCGAAGACGAGGAAAUGGGUGGUAUUGAGACAGAAACGAAAAAAGAGACUGACAAUGACAAUGACAAUGUCAUUGGCGCCGACGAUGGUCAGGUUGCCGAUGCCAACGCUGACGUUAAUGCCGAUGAUCAGUCUGUACAAGAAAAGGUUGCGUUAGAAGCAUCAGCGCGCAACCAUCUUGUUUCUCAGACACAUGCCAUCAUUUUGCCAAGUUACGCGUCGUGGUUUGACAUGCAUCAGAUCCAUCCCAUCGAAAAGAAAGCGAUGGGAGAGUUUUUCAACGGACGCAAUCGAAGCAAAACGCCAGCUGUUUACAAGGACUACAGAGAUUUCAUGAUCAACACCUAUCGAUUAAACCCCAUCGAGUACUUGACUGUGACUGCCUGUCGUCGUAAUCUUGCUGGAGACGUUUGUGCUAUUAUGAGGGUUCACUCUUUCCUCGAGCAGUGGGGCCUUAUUAACUACCAAGUUGACCCUCAAACACGGCCAUCAAACAUUGGUCCUCCAUUUACAGGCCACUUCCGUAUUGUUGCAGAUACGCCACGUGGUUUCCAUGCAUUCCAACCUGGACCCAACCAUAUUGUCACAGCUGGCAAACAAUUGGCAGCUACUGAUCGUGCGGCAUCGGGAACACCCAUCAAAACCGAUUUGAAUCUGGAAAUUCGACGCAAUAUCUACGACGAUAAGGGUAAGGAGAUCACUCCUGCUGCUGAUGACAAGGAGAAACAGACGAACGGAGACACACCGGCCGCAAAUGGUACAUCAGCCGAGUCUACAAACAAAGCUUUGGAUGCUGCUAUUAGAGAGCCUAAGAAAACAUUCAAUUGUUGGUCUUGCGGUAUCGAUUGUACCAGCAUGCGGUUUCACUACGUCAAAUCUACCCCUGUUUCCGCCAAUCCCAACGCUACAGACAGCAAAUAUGACGUCUGCCCUAACUGCUUCCUGGAAGCCAGAUUGCCUGCAAGUCAUGCUGCAGCAGAUUUUGUCCGACUUGAAGAUGGUGAGCACACUAGGAUCCCGGAUAGGGACGCCCCAUGGUCAGAUUCGGAGACUAUAUUAUUGCUUGAAGCAAUAGAGAUGUUCGACGAGGACUGGCAGCAGAUUGCAGAUCAUGUAGGCACGAGAACGCGAGAAGAAUGCGUCAUGAAGUUCCUAAAAAUGGGGAUUGAGGAUCAGUAUGUCGAGGAGGUCGAUGGAUCGGAACAUGCAACUCUACAGGCUUUGCACGGUCGGGAUCCGAUCAGUCAACUGGAUAACCCCGUGCUCUCUGUCGUUUCUUUCCUGGCUCAACUUGCUGAACCAGCCGUAGCUGCUGCUGCUGCGGGUCGUUCUGUCGAACAGAUCCGAAAAGACCUCCGGGAUCAGUUAAACAAGGACUCUUCAACUGAGAAGGGCAAGAACAAGGAAGGCCAAGAAGUGAAAGCAGAGGACUCGAUGGAUAUCGAUACUGCACGUGAGGCUGAGUCGACGGCAGGUUCAGGCGAGAAGCGAGAGUCUCUAGCCACAAUUGCUCUAGCUGCUUCUGCUGCCCGUGCUGGCGCACUAGCUUCUCAUGAAGAGCGAGAAAUGACACGCCUCGUUUCUGCUGCAGUCAACGUCACACUUCAAAAGUUUGAGAUCAAGUUGGCUCAAUUCAACGAGAUGGAAGAGAUCAUCGAGGCCGAGCGACGAGAAUUAGAGCUGGCUCGUCAACAGCUUUUCGUCGACCGCUUGGCAUUCAAAAAGCGAGUCAAGGAUGUGCAAGACGCUCUACAACAAAUCAGUUUGCAAGGACCUGGUGAAGAUACCUCUCGUGCUCUUCAUGAUGCCGCUGAUAUCGGCAUGAGCAGCCGCUUCCAUUUCACCCAGCCUCAGAGUGAUGUGAGUAACGGCAUCCGACCAUUGAGCGCACAACCUCCUGCAGACUACAAAACCCUUGAUCUUUGAUAGUCCUGCUGCAUUAAUGUCAUGUCUGCAGUUUCAAGUUUCUCUUCUCAAAUUAUUCUCUUUUUUUUUCUGGCUUCAGUUCCACAUGCUGUACAAAUAUGCGGGGAUGAUAUUGGAGUAGCAUCAAAAGAAACCCCAAAUCAGAAGCGUCAAAACAGAGGCUGUGAUGAUUUUUGUUUCUUCAAUGGAGACUAGGGGGAAUCUACUGGUGUGUAUUUCUUUUACAGGAUAGGCGCAAUUAGGGGGAUUAUUUCUCGUGUUUUCUGUUUGCACUCCAUCAACCAAAUGUUGUAUUAGUUACAAAUGUUUUGUCUGAGUAAUCGAUUAUUCUUGAUUC